AUGAGAAGGAUAAUUUCCUCAAAUCAUUUUUUAGAUUUAACAAAGUCUUCUACAUCCACUAUUUGUUAUAGAAGUUUGAAAACUACUCAGUUACAAUAUUGGCAACGUUUUGAAAAUGAACGACAUCAUGAACCUGGUGAUGAUGUUGUUGGAAGAAUCUGGCAUGCAUUUACCUAUGAUAUUAGAAGAUGGAGGCGACGAUACAAUGAUGCUAGACGAGAUGCUUGGAAAAGGAUGAAUCCAAUUGCACAUUCAAAAAGAGAGAUUCAAGAUUGGGAACUUUUACCAUUUAGAACUGAAGUUUUGAUUAUUGGUGGUGGUUUAUCUGGUAGCGCAACAGCAUUUUGGAUCAAGCAACGUUUUAGAGAUGAAGAUUUUAAAGUUGUAGUUGUUGAAAACCCAGAUACGUUUAAUGAAUCCAAUACAAUGCUUGAUCCAGGAAGUAUUACGCAACAAUUUUCACACAAAGAAUUUAUAGAAAUGUCUAAAUUUACGGCUGAAUUUUUAAGGCAUGCUGGGGAACAUCUUCAAAUUUUAGAUUCACCUACUCCAGAUAUUAAUCUUCUUCCUAAUGGUCAUAUGCAUUUAGCUAGAACUGAUGAAGAAGCUAAUAAAUUAAAAGAAAUAUGGAAAACUCAAGUUUCAAUGAAUGCGAAAGUAGCAUAUUAUAAUAAAGAAGAACUUAAAAAAGAAUUUCCGUAUAUGAAUUUUAAAGAUGUGGUAGCUGGAACUUAUGGUCUUGAGAAUGAGGGAUCUAUUGAUACAUGGCAGUUAAUUUCAGCUCUUCGUGAGAAAAACAUUACAUUAGGAGUUCAUUAUGUUAAAGGAGAAGUUGAAGAUUUUUUAUUUGAAAGAGAUCCAAGAUUAUCGGAUAAUAUGACUGAUUCUGAAGAUCCUGAUGAUGAUACACCUUAUAAAGGAAAACUAAAUGGAGUUAUUAUUAAACCAAAAAUGACUGGUGCUUCUCCAAGACCUAUACGAACACAUAUGAUUGUUAAUGCAGCCGGUCCAUGGUCUGGAAAAAUUGCUGAGCUUGCUGGAAUUGGUAAAGGAAAAGGUUUAUUAUCAGUACCAGUUCCUGUAAAGGCAAAAAAAAAGAUGACUUAUGUUAUACAUGCACCAGAUGUACCUGCUGUUGAUUUUCCAGCUCUUGUAGAUCCUUCUGGAAUUUAUGUUAGACCACAAGAUGUCGGUUUUAAAUUUAUUGUAGAAAAAAAAUAUUCUUUGGAGGAAGAAAAUUUAAUUAAUCAUAGUAAUUUAGAUGUUGACUAUGACUAUUUUUAUAAUGUUAUAUGGCCUGCAUUAGUUGAAAGAGUACCAGGAUUUAAGAAUAUAAAUAUAGUGAAUGCAUGGGCAAGAUAUGAGGAUAUUAAUGAAUUUGAUGAUGCUCCAAUUAUUGGUGAACAUUUACUUUACAAGAACUUAUUCAUGAUGUGUGGUUAUGGAAGGUAUGGUAUACAAUUUAAAUUAAGUGCAGCAAGAUGUUUUGCUGAAAAAUUAUUUGAUGGUGCAUAUGUUUCUGUAAAUCUUAGAAAAUAUGAUAUGCGUAGGAUAAUGAAAAGACAACCUUUAAUAGAACCAUUAAAAUUUUAA